AUGGCCUCGCCACAGGACAAUCAACAUCUGGUGUGCAACGAGCGAGAAGAAGCGAGGCGUAUCACAGCGGUUCAUCGCCUGGACCAAUAUCGCCAACGCCUGGACGGUGCCAGCGACCGUGAUCAACGCGACACGAUCCACCGAGCGAUCGCGGACGAGCUUGCAGCGGAUCAUACAAAUCUAGCAGGGUGUGCAGCGGCUCUUUUGAGCACACGUCUGCGUCCUCCAGAGCAAUCGCCUGCCUACACGGCGCUCGCAGCCUUGCGUGAUAGCGAUCCCGCUAGCAAAAGUGGUACCGAGUCCGCUGCAUGCCUUCGACUCAUCGCCCAAGUCGGAGCUCACUGGGGUGCAGGAGUCUUGGAGCGAUACGCCUGGACAUCCCGGGCACGCAGCUUUCUCGAACGACUUUGGGCCGUCGCCGAGUUGUAUGCAGACUGGGCAACGGCUGUUAGAUAUCUCAACGCGGUCCUUGUGCUUCGGCAUGAGCUAGUCCUCUCAGGAAGGCUUUCAGCGAGUACGCGCACCUGGCAAACUAUUGGAAAUGAAGUGGACCAAGGAUUGCCAGGGCUACGUUACUCCCCGAUCACAGCUGCGGAUCUGAAGAAUGUAAUAGAUUGGGCAGAAAAGGGCGUCCUGGAGCAUGGUGGUAUCACUCUACAGAGCUUGGAGGAGGCCGAAGAGUCCGUCACGCUUUGGACCACGGCAACGGAAGAGACGAUCCAAUUUCGAGACGGGUCGAGUCUCUCGGCGCGGCCACAGAGUCUUUGGAGCAAAUGCAUGAUCGCCUGCGACACGGCUGGUCUCAUCGUGCGUGAAGAUACAUUGCGUCGACCGCCGCAAAGAUAUCCCUCGGGUAUCCGCAAAUCCACCAAACGACCAAGAUCAGAUGACGUUAGAAUUCCAACGUCCGAGACCGAUCAGUGGUCUGGACAGAGCGACAUACAAAUGGGCCGUGUCGGCGAUGUUGCGGGGACAUCUAAGGCUUCUACCACAGGAUCGUGCGAGAAUGACUUGUUGAACGACGCCAAUAAACGUCCCAAAACGAUGCCGCCUAUGGUCUCACCGGAAUCCGGUAUCACUUCAGAGACUGAGGCGAAUGACCUUGAAGGCCCCGAUGAUUCAAACAGCGAAGGUUCUGACUCAGCGAGUGAUAGCGGAUCUAGUGAAUCGCCUGACACCGAUGCAUCUGAUCAGGAAGAAGUCGACAAACAGGCCGCGGCAAUUUCGCAGCCGUCCCUGAAGAACAGCGCAUUGAGUGAUGCUGACACGGAAGAUGCUGGCAUGCACAGUGAGAGCGGGCUGAGUGCGGCGCCGCAGGGUGCGGGAACAGAGCAGACCGACAUGUCCCCACCGCCUGACACUCAGUCAGAUGACGAAAGCGACGCCUUAGAAGGACAAGUCGAAACGCCGGUCGUACAUGAUGAUGAUGACGGGAUGGACAUGUCCGACAGUAAUGGCGAGCUGCACUCGUCAGACUGCCCACUCUGUGAAGGCCAGUGCAAAGCAGGCUAUGUGCCGCAGUCCGUCUGGACAAUUGGAGAAGAUCAAGCUUUGGCACAACAGCAGCGUAUGAAAGGAUUCAAGCAAAUACACGAAAUCUCUGAUCUUGUUGCUCAACGCCGCAAGAUCGACGCCAAGUCGAACACAUUGAGAGCUUGGGCUACACCAACCCGCCUGGCCACGAUGUUCUUUGACCCAGAUGAUAGCUCACUCUCAACUGCUUCCAAAGAGGACGCAGACGUGUGGUGCUUGACAACGGACACCUUUCAAAGCUACACGGAUGCUGGGGUCGUCUUCGACAGACCCAUCUUGAUGAAGAACGCUGUACGAGACGCUAAUUGGAUGACGUGGGAGCACUGCAAGGCGACCCUCGGACGCAAGCUCGCGGGCCAUAUUCUACAGGUCAGGAAUCCAUACACACACUUGCUCGAAGACAUCGACGGCGAGGAUUUUGUAGAGACAUUGGCCUCGUCCGAUGCUGCUUUGAAUGCUCUGAAUCUUCCCGGAAUAGUUCGAGGUGAUAAGCCUUUCUUUACUCUUCUCCCACGCUACCGCCUGCUGGAAGAUCUGGUGCAUAGCGAAGCUUGGGAUGACGCAAGAAAGCAGGUCACCACCAAAGAGCUGGAUAUAUUUUGGUGCAUCUGCUUCAACAUACUCGGUCUCCGUGGGGCUUUCUCUGGCGCACAUCUGGAUGCUUUGAACGGCACGUGGGUCAGGAGCUUCUGCGGCCGUAAGGCGUGGAUGUUCGUCCCACCACAGCAUCUCAGCGAAGACGAUCUGAGAAGGUUGGCUCGAUACGGCGAUAACUAUAACCCUCGAGGGAAGGCCAGAACCCUGAUGAUCGAACCAGAUGAAACAUUGCUCAUGCCUGCUGGGUCCAUGAUCAUUCAUGCCGUCCUAACGCUCGAGACCAGUUUGAUGGAGGGCGGCAUGUUGUGGGAUGAGCUGAGUGUCAACAAGAUUCUCGAGAACAUGCUUUGGAUGGCUAAGAACCAGCAGUCUACGAAUAAGCCCUGGCCGAAUCAUAUUCAGGCACUGGUCAAACAGCUUGAUCGAGCAGUGGUGUCAAAUACUUCGCGCUUCACUCGUGGGCCUCAGUUUGAACGGGAGUUUCUGUCGGAAUAUGAGAAGCGGAGCUGUGAGAUACAAGCUCUACCUUGCAAAUGCAUCUCGCGAUGCGGGAAACUGUGUCAGUGUAGAGCCAAUGGCCGGCGUUGCACGCCUGAGUGUAAAGCUCAUGCUGCAAGGGAGUUGAGGUGCCUCCAGGAGACGUAG